AAGAAAAGAAGAGAAGGAAAUACUGCAGCAGCUAUCACCUUCACCAUGAAGACACUGACUCUGUUUGCACUGGUUUGUGCCAUGACGGCUCUGACUGGAGCUGCUGCUGUUCCAGAGGAAAAGGCCGAUAAAGACCAAACAGCUGAUGUUACUCUGGUCAAGAGGGGGACCGGAGGAGGCUGCUCCGAGGGUUGGACUAGGUUCAAUGACCGUUGUUUCUUCUACAUUCCAAAACCCAUGACCUGGGCUAAAGCUGAGAAAAACUGUGAGUCCAUCGGAGGAAACCUCGCGUCCGUUCGCAACUUCAUGGAGUACCACGAGCUUCAGAGGCUGAUCACGAUCGGCAGUCAUGAUUACAAAGAUACAUGGAUUGGAGGCACUGAUGCGAAACAGGAAAGGCAAUGGUUGUGGAGUGAUGGCACACCUUUCCGCUACUCCAACUGGUGUCGUGGAGAGCCUAAUAACCUUUUUGGCUUGCAGAAUUGUUUGCAAAUAAAUCAUGGAGCUCAUAAAUGCUGGGAUGACUCUAUGUGCUACUAUCGAAGACCGUCUGUCUGUGGCAAGAAAGCCUGAUGAAAAAGCAAAAAGCACAAACACUGGGGGAGGUUUUCUUCACUCCGUCAGUCUCACAUCUGAGCUUAACGGUCUUAUUUGAAUCUCCUAUCUUGAUUUCUGUUCUAUCGCUGUAACGCUACUUAAGGAAGGAAGCGACAAAUGACAUAAAUAGGAGCUGGACUGUCUCUGAGGCUUUUUGCCUUUAAUAAGAGCAGACUGAAUGUGUUAUGAAAAGAUUGCUUUUAGCACAACCUGACAUGUAUUCUUUUAGA